CUCCAAGGACUGACCAGGGUGGACCGCCCUGGCGAACAACCGUCCCUGACAUAACGGGAGCUUGCAUGAACAUGGCAAGUUUCGCGGGUAAAAUCGGCUUCAAAAUCUCAUCACAGCUUCAAUGUCGCGUAUAUUCGGUUCCCUGUAGGGCAAUAUGGAAGAAUCAGGUUACAUGCUUGAAGAGUAGAGACCAUAGUUCUUCGGCUCCAGUUAGGUACACUCCUAAGACAUCCUCCAAAGUGAAACUAUCUGAAACUUCUCCGCAAGUGAAAAAUUUGGAAAAAAGUAACUACUUUAGUCGAGCUGAUAUAAGCGCACUAGAGAUCGAUUGCGAAGAAUCUGAACGGGGAAAAAUUGGUCAGUGUGAAGCAUCACAAAUUCACAAUGAAAUGCAGAAUAACUUGCUGUUUGAUGACAUGGGACAAGGAUGUGAACAGCUGAAAGAGGUUGAAGAGGUUGCUGAGGAGUUGACAAUUCAUCAGACAAGCAAAUCUUGUGAACAAGAUUUAUUAAAAAUUGACAAAUGUACUGUUCUUGUUGAGGAAUCAGCAGUUAAAUUGCUUGCCAUGAGGGCACUCACGACUGUUGAAUUGAGAAAGAAACUUCUUGGGAAAAGAUUCUCUUCUGAUGCAGUGGAGGCAGUGAUCAACAAAUUCCUCAACAAAGGGCUGAUCAAUGACAAGUUGUAUGCGGAAUCAUUUUCUCGGUCUAGAUGGUCUUCGUCAAGUUGGGGACCAAGGCGAAUCAAGCAGGCAUUAUCUAAGAAGGGAGUUAGUCAAGCUGAUGCCGAGAAGGCAGUUGAACUGGUUUUCAAGGAAGAAGAAAGCGAUGAGGAUCAAAAGUCAAGUCUUGGCUUAUCAAAGCAUUCACUUGAUCACUUAUAUGAUCAGGCUUCAAAGAAGUGGAUCCGAAGCCAUGAUGUACCCAAAGAAACAAGGAAAUCACGGGUUAUUCGGUGGCUACAAUACCGUGGCUUUGAUUGGGAUGUCAUUAACUUCAUGCUGAAGAAAUUAGAGAAGCAGGCUCCACCAUAGUGCUCAACCAAGACAUCCAUUUUGCAUGCCAUUCUAGGUCCACUACAUUCUUGAAGGAUCAAACAUCAAUGUAAAAUUCUCUGAUUUCCGUAUCACACCUCUUUUUUUGGGGGAAAAAAAUCAUCUGUGUUGUAAUGUUAUCCCAGAAUGUAAUAACCAAGAUGUAAAAAUUUCACCUAAAUUUUCUCCUUGAACUGUGACUUGUGAGUUCAGUUUUGGAUAGGGUUGAAGUCCUCAUCACAAAAUGCUGUUCCGACAAAGGCAGACAUUUCACUUAAUCAAUUCGCUUCAAGAAAUGAUGCAUCUGAAUACACAAAUAUUUGCACCUGUCCGAAUACAAUGAAGCCUACUUUCUGUCACAUUGAAGCUGAGAUAAAGUAGCAGGAACCACUUAACUAAUUGCGGUUGGCUUGUGGAGUCAAGUGGUUGCUUCUUCUAGAGAAUUGUGCUCAUAUGAUGGGGAAAGAAUUAGCCUGUGUAUUUUCGGUAUGUGCUUACGCUUCAGGAACUAUCUACAGUGCUGUCCAAUUACACACAGCAAGUAGAGCACUAGAGGAGCCCCUGCAGCAAAAUUCUGAUAUGGAUUGGUUGGUAUUGUGUUCCUUAUGUGGACGAUAAUUGGAGGAUUUGUGGACAUGAGUGGAUUUCACGUCAUCUUCAUUUCUCAUUGAUCUAAUAGUUGUGCUCUGGUUUAUCCUAGAAUUAAAUUCUCCUGCAUUUGGAGCUGAACGAAAAAUGAAUGUGAAGAUGAAUACCUAUCUCUCCUCAA